AUGUCUAGUCGAUUCGUUUCCGGCGGGACGAUAAGCGGCGAAGGGUCAAAGGACGAGGCCGUCGCCGCUACGUCGAGAGAGCCGCUGGCGAAGAAGAGCGUGGAAUGGGAGACUGUGCAGCAUGAGCUUGAUGAGGAGAGGAAGCGGAGGGAGCACGCGAGGGCGGAGUUGGCGGAGGGGGGGCAGCAGAGCUUGUAUGAUAUUUUGCAGGCGAAUAAAGCGGCGAAGCAGGCUGCGUUUGAGGAGCAGAAUAAGCUGAAGAAUCAGUUCCGGGCGCUGGAUGAUGACGAGAUUGAGUUUUUGGAUGAGGUGAGGGCGAAGGAGAAAGCUGAGGAGGAGAGGGCGAGGAGGGAGGUUGAGGAAGGGCUGAAGGCGUUUCGGGAGAGGCAGAAGAGCACCGGCGGCAGCGGCGGCGAGACUUCCGGGACGGUGAAGGAGGGUGGUGGAGGGGAGGAGGAGGAGGAGUGGGUUGUUGGUGGGAGGAAGAGGAAGAGGCAUGAGAGGGAGGUGUUGGGGGUGAAGAAGAAGGCUGUUGCUGGUAGUGAUAGAGAGAGUGGGAAGGAUGAGGCUGUGGGAGUUGAUAAGGGUGAGGGUGAUAAUGGGAAGAAGAAGGGUGAGAGUGAGGGUGAGAAGGAGAAAGAGAAGGAGAAGAAGGCGAGCUUGGGGCUGGUGGCAUAUGAUUCGGACAGCGACGAUGACGAAUGA